UUGGCGCAUGUUUUCAGCGGGGGAGGGUUUAGUUAGACAGCUGUAGUAGGGGCGAUUAUUCCCUUGAUUAAAAGUAGCCAGCAGAAACCGCGGGAGACAAAGCAGAGUUUUGGCGCAACUUUAUUUUGAAGGGUUUGACAAGAGAGACUAUCAUAUAAUGGAAUACAAAACCGAAACGAAGCUAGGUGUCAGGCCUGUGGCCAAUUAGCUAACGUUGCUUCCUUCAGCUUGCUAGCUAUUAGCUAGUUGUUCCCAAUGAUGUGUGUAGCUAGCUAACGCUAGAUUCGUUAGCUUAGCCAGCUAGCUUCCUUGUGUUGUUGUGGGUCAAUACAUGACCUGGUUGGUUCUACCGCACAUUUGUGUAAUUUUUCAAAACUUUUUGAAAGUUAUUGCUUGCUACAGUAGCUAUCAGAGAGCAACAUUCUCUGUUGUCCUUCUCUGAAAUCAAAGUCGAGCAGUGUGUGUCCUUUAGACAAAGUGAUUGCGCUUGCCAAGCUAAUUUGACAGGCGUUUUGUUUGUUGGCAACUGUCCUCUGCUCAGAAUUAAGACCUGACCGGAGCGAACCUUUUUCCCCAUCCAACCCUGCAACCAACCGGCCAGUACCCUCUACGUUAGUCUGGCUGGCCCCGGAGCUGACCACACAGCACUGCCUGCUCAAUGGAGGAGCAUGACAACAUGGAAUAUUUAUAUCAGCAGGUCCUGCAGAAAGACGUUACCCGCAGGCUGCAGGUCGGGCAGGACUUAAUAGACUACCUGAACGACCCGCAGAGGUCCUCCGAUGUGGAACAAGACAAACCCCGGCUGGAUAAAACCAUAGAUGAGCUGACGGGAUGGGUCAACUCCAGCAACUACAAGGUGGCGCUAUUGGGAAUAGACAUUGCCGGGGCGUUCGUCAAUCGCCUGGGGGAACACUUUAGAGGAUACCUGGGAACAGUGGUCCCAGCCCUAGUGGACAGGUUGGGGGACAGUAAGGACCAGGUCAGAGAACAGAGUCACAAUCUUAUCCUUCGCUGUAUGGAAGUGACCGCAUCGCCUAUGUAUGUGUGGGAGAGGUUGCUUCCUGCUUUUAAACAUAAGAACUUCCGCAGCAGAGAGGGGGUGUGUCUGGUUCUUUGCGCCACGCUCAACACGUAUGGUGCUCAGGCGUUGCGUCUCAGUAAGAUCGUUCCCCACCUCUGCACUCUAACUGGAGACCAGAACCCACAGGUGCGUGAGGCUGCCACAGCAUCGCUGGUGGAUGUGUAUCGCCACAUAGGAGAGAGAGUCAGAGCCGACCUGGGAAAGAGUGGCCUGCCUGCCGCACGGUUACAGACGAUAUAUGGGCGUUUUGAUGAAGCUUUGAAUUCUGGGAACAUGGCGCUUAGCCCCACUCACGACCGUAGCUUUGAGGAUGAUGCGGACAGUGCAGAUGGGAACCCUGCUCAGGCUGCCUUCAAAGUCCCCAAGGUCCCCAAGAAGUCGGCAGAGUCCUCUGCUGCACGAAGACCCAACAUUACGGGUUCCAAGAUCGGAGGUGCGUCUAAGGAUGGAACCGGGGGCAUUGAUGAGGAAGACUUCAUCAAAGCUUUCACUGACGUCCCCACAGUACAGAUCUACUCAUCUCGUGACCUGGAGGAUAACCUGAAUAAGAUCAGAGAGAUCUGUUCUGAUGACAAACAUGACUGGGACCAGAGAGCUGCCGCAAUGAAGAAGAUCCGCUCGCUGAUUGUUGCCGGGGCGACGGAGUACGAGUGUUUCUACCAACACCUGAGGCUGUUGGACGGAGCGUUCAAACUGUCAGCUAAAGACCUCCGAUCACAGGUGGUACGAGAGGCCUGCAUCACUGUGGCUCACCUGUCGACAGUGUUGGGUAAUAAGUUUGACCAUGGGGCCGAGGGCAUUCUUCCUGUCCUGUUCAACCUCAUCCCGAACUGUGCCAAGGUUAUGGCCACUUCAGGGGUGUCUGCUAUACGCUUCAUCAUACGGCACACACACGUACCCAGGCUCAUUCCCCUGAUCACCAGUAACUGCACAUGCAAGUCUGUGGCCGUCAGAAGGAAAUGUUUUGACUUCUUGGACCUGCUGCUACAGGAGUGGCAGACCCAGACUCUGGAGAGACAUACAGCGGUGAUGGUAGCCAGCAUUAAGAAGGGAAUCGCAGAUGCUGACGCAGAGGCCAGGGUAGAGGCCCGCAAGGCAUACUGGGGUCUUAGGAACCAUUUCCCUGGGGAGGCGGACUCUCUGUUCAACUCGUUAGAACCGUCCUAUCAGAAGAGCCUCCAAUCAUCUCUCAAGAGUUCUGGGAGUGUGACGUCUCUUCCUCAGAGCGACCGCUCCUCUUCCUCAUCACAGGAGAGCCUUAAUCGUCCUCUGUCAUCUAAAUGGUCAGCUGCUCCUGGAAGAGUCCCGGCGGGUCAUAAGGGCGGGGCGUCGCCGGGCUCCCUACAGCGUUCCCGUAGCGAUGUAGAUGUUAAUGCAGCAACGGUUGCUAAGCAGAGGCACAUCGGGCAGGUGGGGCCAGUGAGACUGACCCCCGGCUCCUACUCCUCAUUGGAUGAUGCCUCAGAUAAAACAGAUGGUCGUCUGAGGACCAAGCAGCCUCUCACCACGGCAACCAGCGUCAGCCAGGUGGACUCCCGGGGACGCAGCCGCACCAAGAUGGUGUCCCAGUCACAACCCGGCAGUCGGAGUGGUUCCCCGGGUCGCGUCCUGACCAGUACCACUCUGAGUACGCUGGGUUCUGGAGCCCAGAGGGUCUUAGCUGGGACAGGGGGGAGACGUAGCCGCAUCCCCCGCAGCCAGGGCUGCUCACGAGACUCCUCCCCUACACGCCUGUCUGUCGCUCCCUCCAGUGUUAGUUCCAUCUACAAAGCAACGAGCAGAGGAGCUCGGGGAAGUCGUAUUCCUCGGCCCAGUAUGAGUCAGGGCUGCAGUAGGGAGGCCAGCAGAGAGAGCAGCAGAGACACCAGCCCUGUGCGUUCCUUUACACCUCUGGGUAACCCUGUGUCCCCUGUCUCUCGCCAGGUGUUCAGUAUGUUCUUGGAGACCCUAGUGGACUUUGUUCUGGUGCACAGAGAAGACCUGCAGGACUGGCUGUUCGUCCUGCUCACCCAGCUGCUGAAGAAGAUGGGAGCUGACCUGCUGGGAUCAGUACAGGCCAAGGUCCAGAGAGCACUGGACAUCACACGAGAGUCUUUCCCCAACGACCUCCAGUUCACUAUCCUCAUGAGGUUCACUGUAGACCAGACGCAGACGCCUAACCUCAAGGUGAAGGUGGCUGUUCUAAAGUACAUUGAGACCUUGACCCUGCAGAUGGAGCCUCAGGACUUUGUAAACUCCAGUGAGACACGUCUGGCUGUGUCUCGCAUCAUCACCUGGACCACAGAGCCCAAGAGCUCCGACGUCAGGAAGGCGGCCCAGUCGGUACUGAUCUCCUUGUUCCAGUUGAAUACUCCCGAGUUCACCAUGCUGCUGGCAGCUCUGCCCAAGACCUUCCAGGACGGAGCCACCAAACUGCUGCAGAACCACCUGAGGAUCACCGGCAACACUGCACAGGCCCCGAUGGGAAGCCCCCUGGCACGCCACACCCCCCGCUCUCCUGCCAGCUGGUCCAGCCCCCUCACCUCUCCUACCAACACGUCACAGAACACAUCCACACUCGGUGAGUUUGACUACGACACAGAGAACAUGAACUCAGACGACAUCUACAGUAGUCUGAGAGGAGUUACAGAGGCCAUUCAAAACUUCUCCGUCCGCAGCCAGGAAGACAUGAACGAAACGGGGGGUGGUGCUGACCAGGUGGAUGGAGUCCGCACUGCUCUGGACAACAAGACUUCUCUUCUCAACACCCCCCUGCUCUCCUCUUCUCCCCGGGGGUCCCGAGACCCCUUUACAGACUCCCCCUUUAAACACAGCAUCAAAGAUACUUCAUUGGACGAAUCAGACCAGCAAACUGAUGACAGCAGCAUUGACCAAUCAGAGCUGGUGUCUGAGCUGCUGAAGGAGCUGUCCAAUCACAAUGAGCGUGUGGAGGAGAGGAAGGUGGCGCUUUGUGAUCUCUUGAAGCUGAUUCGAGAAAACACCCUGCAGGUCUGCUGGGACGAACACUUCAAAACCAUCCUCCUGUUACUACUGGAGACGCUGGGGGACAGAGAGCAUGUGAUCAGGGCGUUAGCUCUGCGUGUUCUGAGGGAGAUUCUGAGCCGUCAGCCCUGGAGGUUUAAGAACUACGCUGAACUCACCAUCAUGAAGGCUCUGGAGGCGCACAGGGACCCACACAAAGAGGUGGCGCGAGCGGCAGAGGAGAUGGCGGCCAUGUUGGCGUCGUCCAUCAGUCCAGACCAGUGUGUCAAGGUGUUGUCUCCCAUCAUCCAGUCAGCUGACUACCCCAUCAACCUGGCUGCCAUCAAGAUGCAGACCAGAGUCAUAGAGAGGGUCCCCCACCACGGACUAGUCACCAUGCUACCGGAGAUAGUCCCCGGACUCAUACAGGGUUAUGACAACUCGGAGAGCAGUGUGAGGAAGGCCUGUGUAUUCUGUCUGGUGGCCCUCUAUGCAGUCAUAGGGGAGGAGCUAAAACCUCACCUCAACCAACUGUCUGGCAGCAAGUUGAAGUUGUUGAAUCUGUACAUCAAGCGUGCCCAGUCCGGCUCCAGUGGUGGUGAGCCCCCACCAGACAGCCUAUAGAACAGACAGAUGGACAGCGCCCCCACAGGACAACCAUGGAACUGCACUCUCCCUCCGGAGACUUAACACACACGGACACACUCUUACAUGGAUGGAUAAACACACACUCACACGCUUACAUGAACACACACACGCUUACUGACAUGCUUACAUGAACAUGCUAAUAUGAAGGCACAGACUGACACACACACACUGUCCUGGACACAACCUCCCAUUGCCUCUUUGUUGCCUACUACAAUGCACUCUGGGAUACGGUGCAGAAGAGAGGAUUGUUGUAGUUCCCUUCACAAACAUUGAAGAUCCACCCUGUUCUCUGAGACUCACCCCUGAUCUCUACACACCUAACCACACCCUCUGAUGAUGCACUAGCCACACACCCCCAGCCAGGAUGGCUAGAGAGGAAGAGGCUAGGUAUGUGCAUUCUGCAGACCGGUGUGUUUAUGUCUGCGACAGAGAGUGGAGAGGGGGGGUGUAUAUUUCUGAGGUCAGUCAGUCCAUCUGUCUGUCAUGGUGGUCGAGUGUGUUUUAACCCCUGAAACUCUGAAGGCACAUUAAUCCCUACGUAGUGCACUACUUUUGGCCACUACAUACGCCUCUGGUCAAUCUAUAUAGGGAGUAGGGUCCUCCCCCAUGAGCAGUUAGGUCAUAACUGUUCAUAACGACUACAUAGGCAAUGAGUGUCAGGUAUGGGAGGCGGAAUGUGCUUAGCUAUACAUGACGGUGAUUUUAACUCUUUAUCCAGAGCCUAUUUACUGUCCCAGUGGAAGGGAGAGGGUGACAUUAGUUAACCAUGUCCACCCCUUUCAGAGAAGUCCAUGGUACCUUCCACUGUUUUCCUGCCAUGUCUUGGAUGAGCACAUUUCAGACAAAGGGGGGGGGGGAGACAUGGCUUAUUAUAAUCACCUAAUGGAUAUGCCUCUACACAUGAUAACAUGGAAUAAUAUCCAAUAACGACGUCAUUUAGAAGAGUCCUUAAAGGAGGUGCUCUGCGUCCUGAUCAGUUUUGUUUUCUGUUGCGUGUGCCAUAGUCUCUCUACUUUGGUUUCUCUCCGGGGAGACGUUUUGGACAAAUGUAUUAUUUAGUGAUCUGAGAAACUGCCCCCUCUUCUUCCUCUUCUUGUAACAGUCUGGCUGUCACUGGGUUUGUUUUCCUUUGUGCAUUUACAAAGCUGUGCUUACAAUAAAAUGAAGAAAAAA